AUGCCCUCUGUGCCUUCCCGUGAGGAGCCCACCCGUCCAGCCUGCAAGGGAACCCUGGAGGAUGCAGUAAUCUGCACCCGUGGACACAUCUUCUGCAGGCUGCGCCUCCCCCCACCCUCCCGGAUGGGGGCCCGGCCCUCCUGCCAGGUGCUGCCUUGUGUACUCUGCAAGGAGAAGGAGCCCACCCAGCCUCUCAUGGUCCCUGUGCCCCUGGGCCCUCUGGGGGAGACGUGCUGUGAGGAGCACGGUGAGAAGAUUUACUUCUUCUGUGAGAUCGAUGCUGAGUUGCUCUGUGUGGUUUGUCGGGAGAGUCCCUCCCACUGCACCCACCCUGCAGCUGUCCUCGACGGGGCCGUUCAGCCCUACCGGGACCGUCUCCGGAGCCAGUCGAAAGCUCUGCGCCUGGAGAAGAGUGAGAUGGAGGCCACAUGGCGGCGGGAAGACAGGAAGCUCCAAGAGCUUCUGACUCACAUUGAAAGCAAGAAGCAGCAGGUGGAUGCGGCGUUUGGGAAGCUUCAGCGGGAGCUGGCAGACCAGCACAGUCUCCUGCAGGCCAGGCUGCGCGAGCUGGAGCUGCAGACCUGCAUGGAGAGGGACCAGUACAACUCCAAGGUCUCCGAGGAGAUCACCAGGCUCGGAGCCCAGGCCCAGGAGCUGGAGGAGCAGAGUCAGCAGCCAGCCAGCGUCCUGCUGCAAGAUGUCAGAGCCGACCAGAGCAGGUAUGAGACAAGGACUUUUGUGAGUCCAGAGACAAUUUCUCCAGACCUUGUCAAGAAGAUCCGAGAUCUCCACAGGAAAACACUCUCCCUCCCAGAGAUGCUGAGGACCUUCUCAGAAAACCUGGCGCAUCAUCUGGAAACAGACUCAGGGCCCGUCCCGCCGGACCCGCGCGCCCUCAGCCGGAGCCUGGCCGUCCCCGAGGACAGGAAGCCGGCGACGUUCACCCGGGACAAGCAGGACCUGACGCACAGCACCCUGCGCUCCGAGGGUGUCCCGGCGGCGCUGGGCACCCCCCGGCUGUCUCUCAGAGCGCCACCGCAGGGCUCCAGAGACUGGCUGGGUGGAGCCCGAGAGCCCUGCAGAAGGGUGUGGGAGAAGGGUGUGCUGGGUGUUCGAGAAGUCCGGCUCUCCCUAUCACAGCAGCCCUGGCAGAGCGAGCGCGGGACAGCAGACACCGGCUCGGCAUCCAUCACCGUCCUCUUCCAGGUCUCUGCCCACCGCCCUCCAGGUCCCAGCCUGGAAACGUCCUCGCCUACCCCGGCCUCUCGGAAAACCAGUGCAGGAGCCACACGAAGGCCAGAGACGGCAGAGAAAACGAAGGAGGCGCCAACCGUCAAGAAGUAA